UCAUGUCUACGACCCCAAUCAUCAUCAUCGGAGCCGGAAUCGCUGGCUUAUCUGCAGCACGUCUUCUCAAGCAGCAGAACAUUCCUUGCAUCGUAUUCGAACAGUCUUCUCCCGACAAAAGCCAGGGUUAUGCCAUCACAUUGCGGGACUGGGCGUGCCUGCCUCUCUUGGCUGGGCUCGGUGAUAUUCCGCUCGAUGCUUUUGUCAAGGCAGUAGCUGUGGAUCGUGAACUCCAUGGCUGUGGAAACAUUGAUUUGACCUUCCGAGAUAACGGGACAGGAGAGACGUUAUUCAACCCUGAUCCUCUGCAGCCGGGGCAGGAGAAGGCGUUGUUCAGGGCCAAUAGGAGUGUUCUGAGGGACUGGCUAAGUCAAGGGUUGAAUAUACGUUAUGACCAUAAACUCUCGACUGUGCAGGGCAAAUCUGGGAACGUAAAUGCUGUCUUUGAAAAUGGUUAUAAAUGUCGGGGUUCGAUGAUCAUUGCAGCGGAUGGCGUGCAUUCAGCAGNNACACAACCAGAAGUCUUACCAGUCAUCCUCUUCCACGGCCAAAAAACAAUGUCCCUGACUCAAUGGCAACACCACUGCGCCCAACUAAACUCAACCUCCACAAUCCUCGCCGGCGUCGGCGACAACUUCAACACCUUCCUCACAAUCGCCAACACAACCCCAGACGCAACUCUCCACCUCGACUGGACAUACUCGCGCGCAAAGCAAAGCCCCACCGAUGCCCUCUGGAUGCCUUCCCGCGCCGAACUAAUCAAAGUCCCCCAACACCUGCUCAAAGAGAUCAGAGGCCUUGAUUUGGUGCCGCCCUUCACGACUCUAAUCAAUGCCGACUCGGUGAAACAGGGCAAAGUCUACAAUUGGCAGAUCCGUGCUUUGCAAGUUAAGAGGCAAGACUUGGAUGUUGCUGCUGCGGUGGGAGUGGUGUUUGUUGGUGAUGCUGUGCAUGCGAUGCCUAUUUUUGGUGGCGAGGGCGGUAAUCAUGCCAUCUUGGAUGCUGUCGAGCUUGUCAAGCUUGUCAGUGCAAAGAAAAGAGGUGGCUUAUCGCCUGCGGAAGUCGAGCUGGUCGUGCAGGCCUUCAACGAUGGAGCUCAUCAAAGAGGGCAAGACGCUGUAAAGCGCUGUACGCAACGCUUCUCUCAAUUCCACCAGCCAAUGACCAAAUGGAAGACGGUGGCAAAGGUGGCCAACAGGAAGGCUGGAGAUGCG